AUGACUAAUGACAGUGACGAGUCUGAACAAGAGGGUAGUAAGGAUUCUGCAGUCAUACAAAAGGAGAAGGAAAAGAUUGUUGAGAUAGAAAGGGAGAUUAGUGAGAUUGAAGGUGACAUAUCUGAGGAAGAGAGUACUGAAGAAGAGGAUGAGCCACAGGGGGUUAUCGUUGAGGCAGAGACAAGCAGUCAGGAAGACAGUUCUGAGGAGGGAUCCGGCCCCGAACAGGCACAGGAUAUAAUAUCAAUUAACGAUACUUCAUCAUCGGAUUCGUCGCUUAAAUUCGACAAGAAUUCAUCCGACACACCCGUGUACCAAGUCGACGUGGAGUUACAUGAGAAGACUAGCAAAGCUUUUGAAACUUCGUUCUCGGUCGGUACGACAUUUGGCGUGAAACUUGAGAAGGAAUUGCACGCUGAUGUUUACGUGGAAAAAGAAGACGCCAUGCCAGGAAGGGCCCAAGCCUCAGGGACUAGAACAACCCAUCCCGCUCGGGUCCCUCAUACAGGAACGCAAUCGUUAGAGAUAGUAGCCGCGGGAAGCCAAACAGACUCGAACACUAGUGAUCCAUUAAACGCGAGGGCGUCCGAUUCCGAAAACUCGUCGGAUUCGGAACCUCAGGGAAUAAAUCUACAUUACUCGGAGGAGAAUGUCGAAGGGAAUAUGACGAGUGAUGAGGAUGAAGUAGAUAUGCGAGAAUCAGGAGCGUAUGGUAAAUUAAAAAAUGCAAUUAUUCCGCUGGGAUUCAAACCUUUACAUCAGGAUGCAGCGUCAGGUGUAGACGAGCCCGAUGCUCCUUCUAACAGCAAGCAAAUAACUGAAACAGAAAUUCAACCUGAGGGUGUACAAACUAUCAUUCCAGUUCAACAUGAGGAAAUUAAAAUAUCAGCGACAGAAACCAAGGUUGAUGCAAAAUCUAACGAAGUGGAACAAAAAGAUGAAAAUAGAGAAACUGUACUUGAAGUUCCCAAGGAAGUACCGGUUGCGCUCGAUGUUGAAGUAAAAGGAGGGGUGGAAAUCGAAAGCAAAGAUCUCUUAAAAUCCGCUGAUUCUGAAAAGAUUGAUAUUGUAAAAAAUACUGAUAUUGAAAGUAAUAAAAAUGCAAAGAUCGGUGACGCUGACAAAAUAGAAACUCGAAAACAUGCUGAAACUGAAAAUAUAGAAGUCUCAAAAACCGAGCCGAAACCAGACGUUAUAAUAACCGAUGAAAAAAUGUCAGAACCGGAUUCAGAACAAGUCAAACCUGCUGCACGAAUUACGAAACGAACAAAAUCUACAUCAUCAAAUCCGUCGAUGAUCAAACACCUAAACGCAAGCGAACACAAUCUACUGCUUCGAACACGCAGAAGAAACAACACCAGAAAAUAA